AUGGCAAGGAGUUGGUUUUGGAAUUUGACGGGCCUCCAGCAUCUCUACCUUGCUGAAACUCAACUAUAUGGUCAAGCUUCUGAUGCACUGGCACAUAUGACGUCCCUCCAAGUCCUUGAUUUGUCAUCUAUUAACAUGGUGAUGAUGACUACAAGCUUCAGAAACCUAUGCAAUAUGAGAAUCCUGGACCUUUCUGCCUGUCAAAUUGUUGGAAAUAUAAAGGAUAUUGUAGGGAGGAUGCCCCAGUGUCCCUUGAAGAAACUGCAGGAGUUGCAUUUGGGCUACAACAAUAUCAGUGGAAUCAUGCCGAAUCGGACAGCACACUUGAGCAGCCUAGUCGUUCUUGACAUCUCUGGGAACAACCUAAGUGGAGGCAUACCACGAGGGGUGGGGCUCCUCUCUAGUUUAAGCAGCCUUGAUCUCUCUUCCAACUAUCUCAGUGGACCUGUGCCAUCUGAGAUUGGUAUGCUUGGCAAUUUAACCAUGAUGGAUCUCGGAGGCAACAACUUGAGUGGUGACUUCACUGAAGAACAUUUUACAAGUCUAACUAGGUUAAAGGAUUUGGGUUUAAGUGGGAAUUCAUUGAGGAUUACAGUUGGUACCGAUUGGAUACCGCCCUUCGUUUCCAGCAUGGUUUCAGUUCCAAGAGGACAUUCGCUGGAUGGAUAUAUCAAGCACAGUUUUUCCGGAAGGUUGCCAUUGUGGAUUAGAGAUCUGGUUGAAUUACGAUUUCUACGUCUAAGCCAGAAUAUGUUUUUUGGAGAAAUCACCGCCACCAUCUCAAAUCUUAGUCGUCUUCACCAUCUGAACCUAGCAGGCAAUGGCUUAUCAGGUGCCAUACCGUGGCAUCUGUCAAAUGUGACGGCCAUGACAAGAAAGUAUGUAAAGGAUUAUAAGGUUGACUCAAAUUAUGGUGAUUACUCGACUGUGAUCCGUACAUAUAAUUUUUCCUCUGUGGUCAUCAAGGGACAUCAACUUGACUAUGGUAUUGGCAUUUGGGAUUUGGUGAGCAUUGACCUAUCUUUCAACCAAUUAACUGGGAGAAUACCAGAAGAAAUAGCUGCUCUUGAUGGGUUGAUAAACUUGAAUCUAUCAUGGAACCAAUUGAGUGGGAAAAUACCAAAUAAGCUUGGGGCCUUGCAUGCUCUGGAAUCACUUGACCUCUCAAGGAACAUGCUUUCUGGUGGAAUCCCUCCAAGCCUGUCAGAUUUAAACUAUUUGAGCUACAUGGACUUGUCUGAUAACAAUCUAACAGGGAGAAUAACAUCAGGUCGUCAGCUUGACACCCUCUACACAGAGGAACCAUCCAUGUAUAGUGGCAACAGUGGUCUUUGUGGCCCUCCUCUUUGA